CGUUGUCUAUAUUCUCUAAUAAUUUUGGCUUGGUUUUCUCUUUACAAUGUCUUUUUUUUCAUUUUCUUUUAUUCCCUAAAAACCCAAAUCCUAACCCUAACCCUAAAGCCAUUUCUAAGCCCAAUCUCAACUCCAACAAUAACCCUUACCCUAACCCUAGCCCUAACCCUAACCUUUACCCUAACCGUAACCCUAACCUCUACCCUAACUCCAACCACAGCCCUAACCCUAACCCUAACCCAAAUUCCUAACCCUAAUCCCAACCCUAACCCUAACCCUAACUCUAACCCUAGUCCUAACCCUAGCCCUAACCCUAACCCUAACCCUAACCCCAACCCAAACCCCAACCCCAACCCUUACCCUAACCCUAACCCUAACCCUAAACAUAGCCCUAGCCCUAACCCUAACCCUAACCCUAACCCUAACCCUAACAAUUACCCUAAAACUAACGCUAACCAAAACCUUAACUCUAACCCUAACCCUAACCAAAACCCUAACCCUAGUCCUAACCCUAAACCUAACCCUAACCCUAACUUUAACCCUAACCCUAACCCUAACCCUCAGCCUAACGCUAACCCUAACUUUAACCCUAACCCUAACCCUGAGCCUAACGCUCACCCUAACCUUAACCCCAACCCUAACCAAAACCCUUACCCUAACGCUAACCCUAAACCUAACUCUAACCCUAAACCUAACCCUAACACUAACCAUAAACCUAACCCUAACCCUAACCCCAAACCUAACCCUAACCCUAACCCUAACCCUAACCCUAAACCUAACCCUUACCCUAACCCCAACCCUAACCCUAACCCCAACCUUAACCCUAAUUAG